AGACGCGAUUGGCUGCGGCCAAACUGAAAGCGAAAACCUCUUUUUAUGAGAGCCUGCGAGACAGUUGAUGGUGUGUGUAUUUUAGGCGUGACUCCAAAGUGUGUCCUCCAGCGCCCCCGCUGCCUCCUAUCUCUGCUGACCCAAGGAUAAGCUCAUCGGACGACAAUGGCACCACUAGAGACAGAUGCUCUCCUUCGCUAAUCCCAGUUUGUCGUGACCUCUGACCCCUUCGAUGGCAUCUUACGUAAGGAGCUGGUUAAGGAAAGCACACGGGAGCAGCGUGUGUUGUGUUGUGCCAGGUUAGCAUCCCCCCUCUCAGAGAUGGUGUGUGUCGGUGCUGCUCGGGCGGCCGGGGCCUAACGUGCACACAGACAGGACCCCCACCAUCCCCCCGAUUUGCUGCAUAUUCCUCGGGUGUCUCUCCUCACUGUGUCCUCCACCACUGCUGCUUCCUCGGAGCUCUACCCCCACCCCACCUCCCUGUAAGGGUGUCUGGGAGUUGGGCCCUUGGGGGUGGAGGGAAUCAACAUCGUGCUUCGCUGGGGAGCUGUGCAGAAUUAGCUAUGCCCUGCCCUGGCAUCCUUUGACCGGCUGGAUUUCUCUAUUUCUGUCUGCCUGCGCUCCGGAGGGCAACAUAGGAUGAAAAUCUGCAAACAUGAUGCAAGGACUGAAAAACCGAACCAGGAAAGCCUUGGGCUUACGAAAGAGAGACAAGGACACAGAUGCAGCGAGUUCACCUGACAAAGACGGAACUGGAAGCGGAAAGAAAGGAAAUAAAAAGGCCAAUGGAGCACCGAAUGGUUUUUAUGGGGAGAUUGACUGGGACAGAUAUGCCUCUCCUGACGUGGACGAGGAGGGCUUCAGCCUGCGGCCCGGUGACGAGGGUGAUGCAGCAUCCAAAGGAAAGCACUUUUUCUCCUCCAGUGACUCCGAGGACGACGAGGACAGCAAGAAGAAGUUCAAAAUUAAGAUCAAGCCGCUUGUGGCGGACAGUGCCAAGUGUGUCCCUCCAUCUAUGGACGAGCUAAAAGCCUCAGUGGGAGGCCUGGCGCUCUCUCCAUCUCUGAGGAGAAGUCCGAGACGCAGCCCGGGGCAGAUAAAAAGGAAUUUGUCUUGUGAAGAGAUCGCCAGACCCAGACGCUCCACCCCCACACCAAGUCCUGCCCCUGAGACGCCAAGUGACAAGCUGUCGCAGAACGUUCCUGCCUUUUUUGGGCUGCCUUCAGAGACCAAAUAUGCCAGAUAUGAUGUGGUCCCUUCAGAUGUAUGGGGAGAUUCCAGACCACCUUCAGAAUCACAGCUGAGCAGAAGUUUCCCAACAGGAGCUCCUCCUCCCCUUCCUCCAAAAAACAUUCCAUCAAGAAGUCAUUACGGCUAUUCUUCAGAAUCUGCUGCUGAGUUACCCAAUGGAAGAGCAGCUCGCAGCUCUGCUCCCAUCUACCUGAACGUCCUGUCCCCCGCCGCUUACCGAGGCUCCACAGCCCCUGACCUGGACGACGUGUUUGGCCCUGCGGACGGCAGUGGGGAAACAGUGUCCCCCAGAUGGGUUACGUUCACCAAUGACAGACCCCCACCGCCUGAUGAACCUGCACCCCCUCCGCCACCGGAUUCUCCUCCUCCAGACACGCCCUCGUCCACCCCCUCCACCCCCUGCCUCUCUCCAGGACCGCCACCAAACGAGCCCCCGCCUUCACCUCCACCAUUUUCUCCCGGGUCUCCUCCUCCUUUCACGCCACCAGAAUCACCCCCCUCCAUCGUGCUCGGACCUCCUCCUCCAGAUGAACCGGCCCCUCCCCUGCCUCCCAACUUCUCCCCCUCUAACACGCCUCCUAUAUGCUUCGACGACGAGGCAAUCGAUGAGGAGGUGCUUCAGUUUGCAGAGUACUCAUCGUCUCCUGCCCCCAUCAGCCCCAUUCCCCCUCUGCCAGCAGAGCGGAGGUCUCCUCGGGCAGGAGUCAUAUCUCCCCUGGUCCUUGGGAGUGUCGGGGGAAAGAGGACUCCAGAGGGGAUGCACCUGAGAGAUGAUAUCCCAGACUUUGUGGGUUCACCCAGAGAGCUGACGCCGAGCUUCAGGGGCACGCCACCUCCUCUCCCUCCAACCACCUACAGGUCUAUUAUGUCUUCCCCGGGGCCCUACUCAGGCAGCAGCCCCUCGUCCCCAGCUCGUCCCGCCACGCCUCAGUCUCGAGGCAGUCCGGUCCCUCCUCCUCCUCCUCCUCGACCCUCAUCGCGACCAAAGCUGCCCCCAGGGAAACCAAUCACAGACCUGUCUCGGCCCUUCAGUCCGCCAGUUUCUGGCAGCCCCCCGCCUUUUGCCCCUCUUGCCCGUGCAGAGAGCUCUUCCUCCAUCUCCUCCAUCACCUUACAGAGUGCAGCGUCCACUCCAACCUUAGGAAAGGAGCUCAGCAUGUCCGCCUCAGGAUGCUCCAGAGGACCCAGUCCGCUCACCAUGGGACCCCAGGACACUCUGCCAGUGGCAGCUGCCUUCACAGAAACCAUCAAUGCCUACUUCAAAGGCGCAGACCCCAGCAAAUGUGUGGUGAAGAUCACAGGGGAGAUGGUGCUGUCCUUCCCUGCGGGCAUCACUAGGCAUUUUGCCAGCCACCCGACUCAACCCGUCCUCACCUUUUGCAUCAGCAACUAUAGCCGGCUGGAGCAGGUCCUCCCCAAUCCACAGCUGCUGUGCUGUGAUUCCACAACAGACAGUAGCUUAGACACCAGGGAGUUCUGGGUGAAUAUGCCAAACCUGAUGAGCCAUCUGAAAAAAGUGGCUGAACAGAAGCCUCAGGCGACGUACUACAACGUGGACAUGAUCAAAUAUCAGGUGUCAGCAGAGGGGAUCCAGUCCACUCCUCUGAACCUGGCGGUGAGCUGGCGAGGCGAUGCCAACAACACAGACCUUAGAAUAGACUACAAAUACAACAUGGAGGCCAUGGCCGCUCCCAUGCCAUUACACAACAUCCAGUUCCUGGUUCCUGUGGAUGGAGGCAUGGCCAAACUCCAGGCCAUGAUCCCCCCCGCCACCUGGAAUCAAGAGCAGCAGACAAUACAGUGGAAAAUCCCUAGUCUCUCUCAUAGAUCUGAAAAUGGAGGAGUCGGGGCUCUUCUGGGCCGGUUCCAGAUGACAGAAGGUCCCUGUAAACCCUCACAGCUGGCGGUCCAAUUCAGCAGUGAGGGAUGCACUCUGUCAGGCUGUGACAUCCAGUUGGUUGGGACUGGUUACCGGCUAUCGCUGAUCAAGAAGAGAUUUGCUGCAGGGAAAUAUUUGGCGGAUAAUUAGUGGGACCUGUUUGUGAACGGAACCAAAAGAAUCAAUGGCUUUUGACUGUGAAGACUAUGGAUCCAUCCCAUGUUUAGUGCAUUCGAAACCUUAUCUUUAGCAGAUUAAUUAACAGAACACAAACACACAGAGGUGAUAUUUGAUUUCAUGACAUCACAUUCAGUAGACUGACUGCUGCUGAGUUUAUGCAAGUAAAUACGAGUCAUUAGUUCUGUGCACUUGAAACACUUACGGGCUUACAUGGAGUAAAACAUAGGGAAACCCUGAUUCUUUGUUCUCGUUAACAUAAUUGUGGAUUCAUACAGUGAUCCAGCCUUAUUCAUUGCAGUUUCUUUGUCUAACUGGUUGUCUUUGCAAAUGCACUGUAAAAGAUAAUGUGAAUAGAUUAUAUAAUAUUAAAACAAUCUUAAACAAGGUGGAAAAGACUGGAAAAUGUAAAAAAUAGGUGUAGUUUAGAGUUGCUUUGCAGUUGUACUCCAAUAAGUUUUAGGUUACAUGGUAAUAUCUGAUUUACACUGCCACCUCAAAUCAGAUUUUUUUCCCACCACGUGUGACCAAUCUUUAUCGUUGUCUAGGCAGAAUUUAUGUUUCUGUGUAGACAGCCUUUAAAAAUGUCACAGCCCGUUCUGUCAGUCUUGUGAUUCAAAGUGACUGGUCAGUUCACAGUUCAGAGUGACCUGCAGCGCUGGACUAACAUCAGCACUCUUAUUCUGAAGGUGCUUUUUAUAUGGAAUUAUAUUUGUGCCUCAGUCUGGAUCGUGUGAUGGGGAAUAUUGAGCACAGUGAAGCUUUGCGUGCAAGCGCAUUAAUUAUAUUUAGCAGAAAAAUUAUCAUCAUGCAAAGAAUACAUUAAUUUAAAGGAGCGGUGUGUGACAUUUAGAGCAGUAAUGUAACAGCAAACCAUUAUUUGUGAUGUAAAGAUAGACUGAAGUAAUGGCAUCUCGAGCAGAGAGUGAAGUCACACAUCCUCUGUGUGUGUUGUAAUCUGAGCUUCUCUGUUUUUUGUUGUGGUAGACGAUCCGACUGUGUGUGCGUGCAUGUGAGUGUAUCCUGGCUAGCUUAUCGCCGCCACUCUGCGCUGUGCUCUUACAGUGGUUACCACUGAUAUCGGUGCAUCGUUGUCACAGAAGUGUAGCACCCACCAUCCAGUCCUUCCCCCAUGUUAACACCGUCAGCUCUCUCCCAGGGUUCGUACAAGGUGUGUGAGGUGCUUUAAGUACUUGAAUUUGGCACUCAGAAAUUUAAGUACUGGAAAACCUUGAAAAUCAGACAUUUUUUAAACUUGAUCCUAGAAAAAAAGGAAUUAUUGAGAGGAGUACAGAAUGAUGAAUUAUUCUAUGAGCGAUCAGAAAAUUGUUUAAAUGUAUAAAGCAAAUAACGGCUGUGCUUGCAAUUAUUGUAGAAUGAAAUAUGAGCGGUAUGAGCUCAAUUCAACCUCAAAAAUAAAAAUGAUUGCUUGAAAAGAUACUUAUAAGUCCUUGAAUUUGACUUGUCUCUGUCUGUACAAUCCCUGCUGUCAGCAUUGUUGCUGUUAGCACUGUUUUUUGGGUUAGCACCAUUAGCUGCUAGCUGCUUGCUCAGCCACGUGAGAGCCAUGUGCAGACAAUCCUGUCCCAGACUCUGAAUCAUAGAUAUGCUCUAUAUGUCACAUGUCGCUCCUUUUUAAGAUGAAAAAAUUAUUUUAUGCUCCAUACAAAGUGUCUGUAAUUAUUACACAUAAUUACUAAAAUGUGAAAGAGGUUGCUUGUACUGACAAAAGUUUAGCUCACUGUUUUUGUUUUGUAGCCACAAACUUUAGUGUUCCUGUUGACUCUCACUGCUCUCUUAUGUGAUGAUGAAAUUGUUUUAUUUUUGUCCAAAAAGCUCAGAUAAACAGACUGUACACAAACUACCCAGAAUCAAACAGCAGACAUCAAAGUUAGCAGCCAGCUGGUGAACAUUUUGGAAUAUUUAGCUGCUAAAAGGCAGAUUUUCUCUCAGGAUUUGGUGUAGACUGAAAACAGCUUGAUAUGUUUAUAGGCCACUGUUUGCUAACAAGUUCACCUCAUCAACUCACACAGAAAGGGUUUUACAGGGUGCAAAAGUCGAGGCGGGCCCGCUGCCUUUUUUUUUUUUUUUUUUUGUAAUCAAAUGCCGCUAGUGAAAAAAAAUGCUUGCUGCACUUUUUUAUUGUUGGAAGGCAACCGCCCCAUCACAUCCUUAUGCGAACCUUCCCAUGCAAUCAAUCUACCCUUUAUUUAUUUUUUAUUUCACAUUAAUUAGUUGCUAGUUCUUAAAAUGUUGAGGCAGAGGGUCCUCGCUGUAGCUCUGGUUGAGGGUGAGUUGCUGUCAGCAAAUAGUUUUUUGGUCACAGGGAAACGGAGAUCUGUUUUGGUACAUGAGACCCUAAAAAAGAGGGUGGAUCAUGGGGAGUACCACCAGUCGGUCUAGGAGCUUCGCCUCCAUGAUGGCUGUUUCCAGGCAGAUUUUAGGAUGACUCAGGGGCAGUUUGACAACCUGCUGUCUGUCAUCGGGCUGUAUAGCUCUGUGUAUCCAGCAAACGUUACCACCAGUUUCUCCUUCAUUGUUUACCAACUGUAAACUUGUUGUCGUGACAACCACAGAAGGCCCGCCUCUCAGAUCAUCCGAUUGGACAAUGGGGAAAAAGCAUAGAUGACCUGGGGCGCUUUUCUGCUUUGAGUUGAAGUUUUUUCAGUUCAAGUCAAGUUCAACACAAAAACAGUGAGCAAAAAGUUUCAUUCUCAUUAAAAACAAUUACAAAAAGUUGCCUCCAGCUGCUAAAACACUUUCUGUGUGAUCGGGGCCUUAAAAGGUGAUAAAAUGUCAGUGUUCACAGCUGUUUUCCGCUGCUCACAGGGGGACAAAAAUUACAUUAGCGAUUUCAAUGCCUUAACUGUGUAGCUAGCUGACAAUUGUCGAGUUAGUCAACUAACUAGGGCUAUAUACUGAAUAGUUCGGAGGUUCAAAGCUUCGAAACAUUUGUAAAUUGUAUUGUUUUGUUGUUUACAUGUCUAUUCAUUUUGUCUGAGUCCGAUAUUUCUGCACAGUUGCACCCUUGCUAUUGUACUAUAUUGUAGAGUUAGAUUGCCGUGGUGGCUGCAAAGGUAAUAAAUGAUGAUAAAUUCUCUACAAAAUAUCGUUAAUCUGUCUGCAAAAAAAGUCUUACUUUGUCCCAUCCCACGAUCAGGAUUGGAGCACACAUAUGUAAUACUAUAUUUUUACACACGCAGCCUUUACCACUACUUCAAUGGCAUUUUGCCGUUAACGGGUCAUGUGAACAGGAAGUUGAAACUGACAGUAAAUCAAGAACAAAAGCAUUUCAGUACCACUACGGGCACGUGCAACGCUGAGAUACAGCAACUUUCCCACAUCAUUGGACCUAAGUGGUUUUUGUGGUGGUGUGUGGACAGUCAAAUUUUGUGACUAUAGGGCGAUACUUGUGUGAAUAAAAGACGCUGCUACUUUCACAGGAAGAGUUUGGUUGUUUUAUUCUGUUAAUGUCACAGGAGUUAUGUUUGAAAGGGCCUUGACAUGUGAGAUGCAUAGAGAGCCAGAAGUGAGUGCCAUAUGGGGGUGAGAGGGAGCUUUAAGUUUCAGGAGACAUGUAGAGGAGACCUGGGCAGACAAUUGUAGGAGUUGCCUUUGAUGCUGCUUAAAGGGGUAGUAUGGAUUUUUUGAAGUUGGAUUGUAUGAGGUGCUUAUCCAUAGCCAGUGUAUUACCAACAGCAGAUGUCAGUCAGCACGUUUCCAGUUUGGAGAAGUGGCAGGAGUGCUGACAUGGACACUAAGCAAUGUGCUGCUGUGUUCAAGGGCUGCAGCAAAACUUAUUUUAGCUGCCUAGACAAGGUCCCACCUAAAAAACUCUAUAACAGAUUAACUGUACGCCAAAUUGAGUGUGUUUCUCUGCGUUACGUUCAGAGAAGCCUAUUCUGACAGGGAAGCAGUCGAUGGCUUUUAUUUCCCAUCUAUGCUCUCACCAAUGCCACCAAAGUCUAUUAAGAAAAACAGUAAUUUUAGUUCACUGAUCACACAAGCUGGUGAUCUACUGCUGCCUCUGUCAGUUGGUUUGAUCGUGUCAUUGUGUGACUUUGGUGAAUUCAAACUAACCCUGUUAAACACCAAAGUCAUGCAUUAAUACAAAGAAAACAACUGAUCAAGGCAUCAGUAUAUCAGCAGCUCCUGUGUUCAGUGAUGUUAAAUUACUGUUUUUCUUAAUGGGGCCUGGCUUUAAAGAAAUUGAUUUAACGGCUUCAUUUUCCUGUUGGUAAUCAGGGAACCCAAGCAAAUGAAGUGAAAAUAUUCUAAAUAUAGGCCUAGCAUACGCUUAAGUUAUUAUUAUUAUUAUUAUUAUUUUGCCUCUACACUGGCGAUAGCCAUGGAUGGAGGCAUUAUUUAUUAGUUUUAUUAUUAGUUUUUCAGGUUGUCUGCCAUCCAUCCCAUUCUCGUGAUAUCUCAAGAAACUCUCAAGGAAAUGUUUUCAAAUUUGGCACAAACAUCCACUUGGACUCAACGAUGAACUGAUUAGGUUUUGGUGUUCUAAGGUCAAAGACACAAUGACCUUGCAUCCGUCCCAUUCUUGUGAACACCAUAUCUCAAGAACACCUUGAAGAUUUUUUUUUUCCAAAUUUGGCACAAACAUUCACUCAGACGCAAGAAUGAACUAGAUUAGAAAUUAGAAUUUCGUAGUUGAAGGUCAAAGGUCAAGGUCACUGUGACAUCAUCUGUCUCAUUCUUGUGAAUUGAAUACAAUAUCUCAAGAAGGCCUUGACGUCAUUUCUUCAAAUUUGGCACAAACAUCUACUUGGACUCAAGAGUAAAGUUGAUUAGGUUUUGUUGUUCAAAGGUCAAGGUCACCGGGACCUCACAAAACAUGCUUUUAGCCAUAACUCAUGAAUUCAUACACUAAUUGUGACAAAAUACACACAAAUGUCUAAUAGGAUAAAAUGAAAUGAUAUAUCCAAGAAGUCAAAGGUCAGUGUCACUGUGACAUCAUAAUGUUCUGCAAAACACUUUUAUAGCCACUACUCAACACCAUUAUCUCAGGAACAGAAGGGGAGACAUAAAUCCUGGCCCUAAUCUUAGGUGUCCAUCCUGAAACUGUGCUCAUCUUCAGGUCCCGUUGGGGGGGAGAUGUGUGUGAACCAUCCAUGUUUUAGAAUAUGUAGCUUCUUUGCGUCCAUAUUUGAAGCACCGUCAACUGUCAUGGCUACAUAUGAGUCUGGGCAGACGUGGAUGUAAACUGUAACUGCAACUUGACUGAUGCGCAAAGGCAUUUAACCACAACGCGGUAAUUCUAGUCUAAUAGUUGGCUAAAAUAUGUUUUGUUGCUGCCCUCAUCCACAGCAGUACAUUGCCUUACUUCCAUGGCGGCACUUUUGCCUGCUUCUCACAACUGGUGAUGUGCUGACUGACAUUUACUGUACGUAAUACACUGACAAUAGAUAAGUACCUCGCUCAACCCCACUUCAAAGAACCCAAACUAUCCCUUUAAAAACUUGGCCAAGUCCUUUGACCAUGAUCUUUGAUAGAGGUCUUGACGAGGAUUUUUGAGGACAUAACAGAGUGACGAAGAUAAAAGUCUAUGAGGAAGACAGCUCUAUUCCUGUCCCUGUUUAAUUUCCUCCCUUUUCCACCAUGUUGAAUAAAUGUUUUAUCAUUUUCUAAUAGCAAUAUUUAAGUGUAAAAAGUGUACAUAAAAAGCUAUGUUUCAAAUAUUUCUCCGGGCAUAUGGAUGUGUCUGUGAUUGUCUCUUGGUUUAUUGAUGUCAGCACUCAUGAUGAAUUAGGUUCUGUGUAUCAACACCACCACUCUCCAUCUAUUGUUUUACAUGUGGGUUUCUUGUACCAAAAAAAAGAAGUGUUACUGUUGAUGAAUAACUCCAAACGGUGCCGCAUGAAAUCUGCAUUUGUCCAUUCCAGUCUUAUCAAUGCAAUACCAGUUUAUCCAUUUCAAUACGGUCAUGAUACGUGUGUUAUUGUAUACUCGUACUAUGAGAGGAGACUUUUUUGCCUUCACUUGAACCUCCACUCUCUGUUUCGCUGUUGUUGCACCUCCAGAAACUCAUCGUCAAUAAAUUUGGCAUGUAUCCAUUGAUAUUCCCAUUUCAUGCAUCUGAUAUAGGUGUUUGACAUUCUCCUGUGUUUGACACGCACACAAAACACACCUUAAAUUUCAUGAAUUAAACAAAUUCAUUGCCUCAUGUCACAUGAACAUCACAUUUUAUAGAAUGUUUUAAUGUGUUGACUCACAGUUUGGGCCUGGGUGUAAUAUUUCAUUUAGUCCUUUGAAGAAGAACAAAAAAAAAACAUAUGGUUCUUUCAGUUGAUUAAGAACAACAGUUCUCAGUGUUUCUGUUCAUUAUGCUUAUGUUUUUUCUUUGCCUUAUUUUCGAGCGUGUCCUCCAACAUGAGAGGGUUUCUGUAAGUUUAUUUUUUCUACAACUCUUUUGGCUGUAUUUCUUUCACUGCAUUAGGACACAGAAUAUGCAAACAUGUCAUGUAAAUUUCCCAUCCAAAGAUUUUGAAAGUAAAUAUAUGAAAAAAUCAAUAUAAUGUAAUACCUGUUUUACUUGGUAAUAAAGAAGAAGAAAUAUGA